AUUAUGAAAUGUAUCUUCUAAUCUACCGAUAUAUUAUCUUCAAUAGUAUUUUACCAUAACACAACUACAAACGAGCGAGCGAGAGAGAGACAGACAGAGAGAGCGUACUCCCGCGUGCAGGUCUUUGCCAUUACAGAGAAAGAGAAAAACCAAGUUCUGUAUAUUGCAUGCUUCAUAUUCCCCAAAUCAGAAUAGGGUUUUCAUCUUGGUUCUAUAGAUUCAUUCAUUCUUUAACUGGAUCUGAUUUUACAAUCUGUGCAUCAAUCAUUACUCUAUUCACCUGUUACUAGUCAUAACCUUUCGUUCUGGGAUCGAAUCUCUGGUUGCUAAAAAGUUAUAAAAAUUGGCGCCGCAACGACGUUCCCAACGCCAAAUGGGUGGCCAUAUGCAACAGAGUAAUGCUGCAGCUGCGGCAGCUGCUCUGUAUGACCAUCCUGGCGGUGGGUCUCUACCGGGAACUUCAAAUGAUGCGGGUGAUGCUGUUAUGGCACGGUGGCUGCAGUCUGCUGGGUUGCAGCAUUUAGGAUCACCGUCUACCACGGGUAUUGAUCACCGGCUCCUACCAAACCUCUUGAUGCAGGGUUAUGGAGCACAAUCUGCCGAAGAAAAGCAGAAGCUGUUUAAAUUAUUGAGGAAUCUCAAUUUGAAUGGGGACUCUAGUUCUGAACCAUACACCCCAACUGCCCAAGGUUCAGGAGCCGCAACGACAUCAGAUGGCUUCUUUUCUCCUGAGCUCAGAGGUGAAUUUGGUGCUGGGCUUUUGGAUCUUCAUGCUAUGGACGACACUGAACUUCUUACAGAGGAUGUUAUGUCUGAAUCCUUCGAGCCAUCGCCGUUUAUGCCUGCAGACCCUAGGGGGUUUGAUAAUGACUUUGAUGUUGUGCCUAGUAGACAAGUAAGGCAACCAGCUGAAGCUCCUAUGAAGUCUAACGAAAGAGAUAUUGGCACAAACCAGAGCAACUUGGCCAAGAUUAAAGUUGUGGUGCGUAAAAGACCUUUAAACAAAAAGGAGCUGUCUCGGAAAGAGGAUGAUAUUGUAACCGUCGUUGAUGACUCAUACAUAUCUGUCCAUGAGCCGAAGCUAAAGGUGGACUUGACUGCAUAUGAGGAGAAGCAUGAAUUUCGUUUCGAUGCUGUUUUGGAUGAGCAAGUAACCAAUGAUGAGGUAUAUCGUGUUACUGUAGAGCCUAUUAUUCCUGCUAUUUUUCAGCGAACUAAAGCAACAUGCUUUGCAUAUGGCCAAACUGGGAGUGGUAAAACAUUCACCAUGCAACCGUUACCUCUCAGAGCUGCGGAAGACAUUGUUAGGUUAUUGCAUCAUCCAACAUACCGUAAUCAGAAAUUUAAGUUGUGGCUUAGCUUUUUUGAGAUUUAUGGUGGAAAACUUUAUGAUCUUCUCAGCGAAAGAAGAAAACUCUGCAUGAGAGAAGAUGGUCGGCAACAGGUUUGCAUUGUUGGGCUGCAGGAGUUUGAAGUUUCCGAGGUACAUAUUGUCAAAGAAUAUAUCGAGAGAGGAAAUGGGACAAGAAGUACGGGAUCAACUGGUGCUAAUGAAGAAUCAUCUAGAUCUCAUGCUAUUUUACAACUAGUGAUCAAAAAGCACAAUGAAGUAAAAGAAUCUAGAAGGCCAAGUGAAGCCAAUGAACCUAAGCCUGGGAAGGUUGUUGGGAAGAUCUCUUUUAUCGAUCUUGCAGGUAGUGAACGAGGUGCUGACACCACUGAUAAUGAUAAGCAAACACGGAUUGAAGGGGCUGAGAUCAACAAGAGCCUUUUGGCCCUGAAGGAGUGUAUCCGUGCUCUUGACAAUGAUCAAAUUCAUAUCCCAUUUCGUGGAAGCAAACUCACAGAGGUGCUUCGGGAUUCCUUUGUUGGCAACUCAAAGACUGUGAUGAUCUCUUGCAUUUCUCCAAAUGCAGGUUCUUGCGAACAUACACUUAAUACUCUGAGAUAUGCUGAUAGGGUUAAAAGUCUCUCCAAGAGUGGGAAUUCCAAGAAGGAUCAGGUUGCAGGUUCUGCGGUACCUACAAAUAGAGAAUCAUCUUCAGCUCCUUCUCUGCCGCUUCCCUCGGAGGUUGACUAUGAACCAAGUCAAGAUGCGAGAGCAGCGGGAACAGGUAGAAGAGUUGUAGAGAGAGAAAGUUCUUCCUACAGUGCCAUACCUGAAUAUGGUAAACAGCCUUCUAGUGUUCCCACAAACAACCCCUUCAAUGGGAGGGAACAACCUUCUAGUUUACCCUCGACGUAUCUCUACAAUGGGAGGGAACAGCCUUCUAGUCUUCCAUCAUACCCCUUUAAUGGGAGGGAGGAUAGUGGGGUGGCUUCUAGUUCUCUUGAGAGGGAAAGGACCAACAUGAAAAAUACUUAUGGCGGUCCAUCCGGUCAAAGAUUAUAUUCUCCUGCACAGAACUCGAAUAUUUCACUUGAGGAAGAAAAAGUGCAAAAGGUUUCCCCACCUCGUCGAAAAGUUUACAAGGAAGAAAAAUCAGAAAAGCAGGGAAAUUUGUCUAGAAAAGAUGCCAGUGGACUUGAUUCAUCCAGUACAGGCAACAAGCAACAGAAUGCUUCUGAUUCUAAUUCGAACAGUGUUGGAUCAAGACAACGUGAUUCCGAAAACCCUCGUGAUGGAGACAUCAAUGCAAUUCUCGAGGAAGAGGAUGCGCUGAUUGCUGCUCAUAGAAAAGAAGUUGAAGAUACAAUGGAGAUUGUCCGUGAAGAGAUGAAGCUAUUGGAUGAUGUGAGUCAACCCGGCAGCCUCAUCGACAACUACGUUUCACAGCUGAGUUAUGUGCUCUCUCGCAAAGCAGCAAGUCUGGUCAGUCUGCAAGCUCGUCUUGCUAGAUUCCAGCAUCGCUUAAAGGAGCAAGAGAUACUUAGCCGGAAAAGGGUUCCUCGUUGAUGUGCUUGUAAUGUCCAGUUUCUCUUGUGUAUUACUAAAUACCCUUUUUGUUCGAUUUAGCAAAAACAAAAAACAAAAAACAAACUUACAGUUCAUAUGUGCAUUGGUUCUCCACCGGGUGGAGACUUCAGAUCUGAAUUUGGAUCUAGUGGUUGCUGUUGCUGUUUCUUUGUUUGCUUCUGUUGGCGCAAUUUCCCAGAAGAGAAGCCAUCCUUAGGGAGGUUUCUAUAGAGAAAGCUGGUGUGUGCCAGUGCUGCUUAGCCGCUGAAGUUGCUAAUGAAAAGGUGUGAUUCCGGACAUAAAUGUAACUCCAGUAACAUGGGAUUAUGUUUGGGGUAAGUGACAGAAUGUUUGUUGAUAACAAAACCAAAUUCUGUUCCAUUUUAGGGAAUAGAAUAGGGUACUACAGAAAUUAUGGCUUUUGAUUGUUAGUUUAGUCCACUGUAUGUUAUUGAAACUAUUUGUUGAUACUUCCUCGACCUGAAAAGAAAAAAGAAGAAUGUGAAAAGUUGAGCCUUGAUCAUA